AGCUUUUUAUCCUUUAAUUUAGUAACUGUGUUUUUGUGUGGCGUCUCUGUGAGUUUGAACACACACACUGUGCAAGUGUUGCCACUUCCAAAACCUCUUCUUCCCAAUUAGCCUUAUAAUUAAGUUCUGAAAAUGUUGUAAGCCACACAAAAAGAACUGGUAUUUGAGUUGAACACAUUUUUCAGGCAAUGCACUAGACAAAGGAUUCAACUUUUGCUGCUAUCCCUUGCCCAACUUCAUACACUCAUAAUAUUCUUUCUUCAUGCACUUUCUUAAGUGGGAUUCGGUGGAGACCAAGAAUUUCCUCUUCAGUCCAACAAGAAUCAAAAUCCACAUAUAUGUUUCUCCAUACCCUUUCGGAUAAUAUUAAAUAACACAGCUAAGUUUUUUUUUUUUUCUUUUUCAAUUGUUUUUGACUUUUAUCUGUGUAUUGAAUUUUACUAUGUGGACGUGAGCUUGGGAAACCCCUUGUUUGAUUCUCUUACUCAUCCAAUAGAUGUGCUACAAUUGUCACUACUACUGCGACAUCUAGUUCUAGAGCUAUGAAUCGAAACAUUCAUUGCUCCCUUUAAUUUUGAUAUAUGUUUGGAUUUCUAUUUACUAACGCAAUGCCAAAAAUAAGAAUUGAAAAGAUAGUUUUUUGUUCUUUUAUUAAGAACACAGUGCCAUCAUAAUAAAGUUGUUUAGUUUCCCUCCUAUUCAUCUUUUGACCUUUCACAACGCAAGUGUAAGAAUAAAGAGAACAAAAAACCAACGCUUGAAAAGCAUGGUGGUGGCGGAGUCUGAGAUGAACUCACAAAACGACGCUGAAUCUUCGAUAGAGUUGGAGCAACUGCACGACGUCAACAAGAAUCACCCAUUCUCUUCAUUGGGAAGAGAAGCUUCUUCCAUCUACUCCAUCACCCUCGACGAGUUCCAACACACGCUAUGGGAGAAUGGCAAGAACUUUGGGUCCAUGAACAUGGACGAGUUUCUCAGCAGCAUAUGGUGUGCAGAAGAAAUUCAAAUUUUAAACAACAGCAUCAACAUUAGCAGCUUCUCACUGAAUGAAGCUUCCGCAGAAAAAGGGUUGAUAAGGAAGCAACCGAGCCUUCCUCGGCAAGGGUCUCUAACACUUCCUGCACCUUUGUGUAGGAAAACAGUGGACGAGGUUUGGUCUGAGAUACACAAAGGACAACAACAACGGCAACCACAGAAAAACAACGACAAUAACUGUGGAAGCGUUAAUAAUGAUAACAAUGCUCAAAAUACCGAUUCUGCCAGUCGCCAACCUACCUUUGGAGAGAUGACUUUGGAGGACUUCUUGAUAAAAGCUGGGAUAGUUCGUGAACAGUGUGCCAUUGCAACGCCAGUUCCAGCUUCUACAAGUCAAAAUCAGCAUUUGCAGCAGUAUGGCUUCUUUCCUAAUAACAACCGUACAAUGGAGCCUUCUUUUGUCGGAAGGCAGGUGAUGGGGCUUGGUGGCGGCGGUUUCGGCGGUAGUGCUGGUGGGAAUGUGGUUAGACCACCUUAUCAGGCGGUGACUAAGGGUGGUGGUGGGGGUGGUGCAGUUGGACAGUCUUCUGGGUAUCCGGCGGCAGUGCCGUCAGCGGUUUGCUUUGGACCGAGGGCGGUGAAUGGUGGCGGUGGUUACGAGGCAGUGAGCAACAUGGGAGUGGUGGCGCCGGUGAGUCCGGUUUCGCCGGAGGGGAUAGGUACUGGUGAAAAUUUUGGUUCCAGAUUUGGGAUGGACAAAGUUGUGUCAAGAGGGAGAAAGAGGGCGUUUGAUGGGCCUGUGGAAAAGGUGGUGGAGAGAAGACAGAGGAGGAUGAUCAAGAACAGAGAAUCAGCAGCCAGAUCCAGAGCAAGAAAACUGGCAUACACAAUUGAAUUAGAAGCAGAAUUGACCCAGUUGAAAGAAGAGAACGCCGAACUUAAACUAUCACUGGCUGAUCUUGAAAGGAGAAGAAAGCAACAGUCACCUUUUUUGCAGCAUUUAGAGGAAGGGAAUUGGAGAGUUCAAAACAACCUUCAAAAGGCCAAAAAUAAAUCGAGAUCAUUGAGAAGGAUCAUGAGUUGCCCUUUAUGAGAAAAUGAUCUGCAUCUAUAAACAGUACUGACAAUGCUUAGAUUUUAGCACAGAAAGGACUAUUGGCUGUGGUGCAUCUUCUUGUGUUUUUUCUUGAAAAGACUCCAUGACGCAGAACUAAGAAGAAAGCAGGACAUAGAAAAAACACUGAAACUAAUGUCAAAGCCAAUAAGGGAAGUUCGUGUCGAUCAAAGGAUUAGUUUACUGUUUUUCAUGAUGAGUGACUGGUUAGUGAAACAUAGUAAAUAUAUGUAGUUGCUUGUGUUAUAUUAAUAAUAUUUUCAGUGUCAAAUAAAUAAAAUCAUUUACACUAGUUUUCUUGGUUUCA